AUGCCUCCCAAGCGCAAGCCUGAAGCUGCCUGGAACCCGUGGUUCUUUACUUGCGACCCUCCUGCUGGAAACAAUUACCUGGCCAUAACUCCUGUCAAUGCCACAAUCGCAACUUCCUUAGUGUGGCGAAAACUCGAGUCUCCGAUCGGUAGUCUCUACUGCGAAGUCCAGUUUGCCGAUGAAAUUCAGAAUGGUCAGACUCGCAAGAAAGUUGCUCAGGCCUUCUGGCAGGCUAUCGCAAGAGGCAAUGUCCUUCAAGUCCUCCAAGAUCAUACCAAGACUGGCUUGUUCAAGCGUCGCGUUUUCGUCUAUGCCGGUUAUCAGGGUGCUUUUGGAUCCCUGGCUUGGAAGCUUGCUAGUCGCAUGCAGGCUGGCGCCGCCUUGGCUGUCCAUGGCCUUGGUGGUCGCAAUGCUGUCCCUUGCGAAUGCUGCGAAAAGGGUUGGCAGGCUGUCCGGGCUGGGCCUGAUCAGGUCGCCUGUUUCGUCCCCUUCUGGGAAUGCGUCUCCCUUCCUAACGAAUUCGGCAAUGCAUGCUCCAAUUGCCUUUACCACGAGACUCAAGUCCAAUGCUGCUAUCGAAACAAGGACUUUUACCAGGAGUUUGGAUACAUGGGUCGGGUAAAGGGCACCAAAGAGCGAAGAGCCAGCGGCGGCGGCGUCCCCUCAAGCAUUCCUAACAAUAUCUCUUCUAUCGAUUCCACGCAGUUCUUUCGGUCUGACCUUAUGAAACUUAUCAAGGAUCAGUAUAAGGGGCUUUCUAAGAAGGAGAGAAAGUCGCCUGGUAUCUUGGAUGGCUCUAUCUGGGUGCAGGAUAGUAUUGACUGGAAGACGGAGGGUGAUGAUGAGGAUUCGGACUAG